UCCAUUCAACAAUUAUCUUUCACACAGUGCGUAUGUCAUUGCGAGUGAAUGAAAGCUAUCAGAUAUACUAACGGUUUGUGAGUAGUAAAACUACGGCUUUGGCUGAAGUACAAAAAAGAUUUGAAGAAUUAUUUUCUCUGACUGAAAGAUUGAUUGGUGCAUUUGAAAGCAACUAAAAUGUCCCUAUCUUUGGAAGUAAAUCCUUGUCUAGUGCUGGCUUUCCUCGGAAUGUGCCUUGCCAUUAUUUACAGAUAUAUGGUAGAUACAUACUCAACUCUUGAAAGACUUGGCGUUCCUGGACCUAAACCUAUCUGGAUAUUUGGCAAUGUUCUGGAGUUUAAAGGAAAGAAUGUAUUACAAGUGUUUGAUGAUUGGAAAAAGAAAUUCGGAAGCGUAUAUGGAUUUUACGAAGGCUUUCGACCAGGUAUUGUUGUGAAUGAUGUUGAUUUUGCAAAGGAUGUUCUCAGCAGACAUUUUGAACUAUUUAAUGUCCGCACUAGUUAUCGCCCCUUCGUGUAUUACCCAGAUAACAUUCGCCUUAUCGAAAUAGACGGAGAACAUUGGAAAAACCAACGUACUGUUAUAAAUAAAAUGUUGAAUUGUACAGGUACUUUACAACGGGCUUUUGAAAAAACGAGAAUUGCUUCAAGCAGAAUGCUACAUCAACUAUCUGAUGACCUGAAAAUAGCGACAGAAGGAAUGAACAUUUCAAAGGUAAUAGAUAGUUACGUGUCAGAAGGUGUCAUGCGUAUUGUAUUGGACAUGGAUGACGAAAAGCUUGCAAAAUAUAACGAUUCUAUAUAUGACUACGAGAUAGCCAGUAAUUGGUCAGCAUCAGCGGAAAAUGAAGCUGCUGGGUUAGCUCGUUUAUUUCCAAGUCUGACACCUCUCCUUAAACUCGCCGACAGGAAGCAUAAAACAUCGCAUAAUACAGUAGUAGAUAUUCUCAGAGAACACAUUGAUACAACUUUAACUGGUCAGAACAACAACAAAAAGGUAGACGAUGAUAAUGUCAGCUUUCUAUCAUUCCUCCUGUCCUCCAAGGUGCUCUGUCGGGAACUAGACGGCAGUCUUACCCGUCGGGGCUUGACGUCGGAUGAGACAAUCGCUCAUAUAUUGUCAUUAUUGAGCGAGAUGUAUUCAACGACUACGGCAAUGAUACAGUUCAUUCUGUAUGAGCUUGCGUGUAACCAAAAUUGCCAGACUAAACUAUACGACGAAAUGUGCCGCAUUUGUGGAAAGGAUGGCGAAAUCUCAUUAGCGGAGUUACAAACAUUGGAAUACUUGGACAUGCUCUUCAACGAGACAUACCGUCAUCAUCCUAUAGCACCUGGUAUCUCACGUGUUUGUACUGAAACCUGUAAAAUUAGAGGUGUGACAUUUAAGAAAGGAAUGGUUGUCCGGGUCAUGACAAGUCCUUUGUAUAAGGACGCAAAUUUAUUUUAUAAUCCGGAAAGGUUCAUGCCGGAAAGGUUUUCAAAACGUAAGAGACUAGAAAGUCACCAAUACAGUUUUCUUCCAUUUGGACGAGGUCCAAGAAUGUGUCCAGGACAAAAACUUGCAAUGAUACAAGUGAAAAUGGCAAUUAUAGACAUUAUAAGGAACUACAUGUUAACAACGUGCAAACAUACUGAGAUUCCACUAAAAGAAGGGUUACGCCCAUCUCUUACACCUGCAAAUGGAGUUUGCAUUUCAAUGUGUAGACGAUUUUGAGGACAGUUUGCCUUGCAUUCCAAUUGUUAGCCACAUACAUGUGUCUGACUCGCAUACUGGAUAUGAACGCAGUUAGUUAUAUUGGCAUGUGUCGACUCAGUGCUCUUUUUCCGCAAAUAGUGAACACUGCAACAAAGCUGUGAAUAGUAUAUUUCAAUAUAAUUGAUAUGUUAUAUCUCGCUUGUGCAAUAUUUGAAAUAAACGAAUCAGUGUGUUUGCGAUGAAAAUUGGAAGAGAGAUAAUAGUUACCUGUAUGAUUAUGUUGAAUACUGUAUGAAAACUGAUCAUAACUAAAAUAAAUGAUGACAUUUUUGCAAAGAGGUGCCUUGAUUGCAAAAUCGUUGACAAAUCUUAAACUUAUCGCAAAUAUGUUAUUCUGAACCCAGUUGUUCGAAAUAUUAACAGGUGAUUAAGAAAACAGUCGAUUAACUUUCAGAGUUAUCUUAACAUUUUAGAAAUUUUUUAACAUUUUAUUACUCGAAAGCAUUAUCUAAAUAAAAUAAAAGGGCAUUUAUCAUACAUUUUAUAAAUGUUAGUUUUUAUUUUUGAUCUGAAUACCCGCUCUUAAUAUUUACACACAAAGAAAAAACUAAACUAAACAAAAUAGCCCUAGUUUAAGCCUAGCAAGAGGAUUUGGAUGAAACUUUUAAUAAAUUUUUCCAUAAAAUUAAUAUCGUUACAAGAGCUUUCAGAGAUAUACAAAGUAUAAUAAAUAGCCAUCAUAUCUGCCCCUUUCAACGAAAUAAAUGUGACUCAUGAAUGAAAUAAUCGUUAUUGAUUUGUUAAAAGAAAUAAAACAGAUCAAUAUCGAUUCCAUUGUCUAAAUCUAAUUGGACCCUCUUAUAACUUACGUUCAGGAUUACUGGGGUCCACGUGGACCACACAGUAGUUUAACAUGAUGUUUUGAACACAGAUUAUGGCUGGAGUAGUAACUUGACUUUUAAUGAUACAGAGGAUGAGGAUAAUCUUAUUCAACUUCAUACAUAGAAACGGGUUAAUAGUAUUCUUGGUUGCCAUGGUGACUGGCCGGAACGGUAUAUAAAAAUUGUCACAUUUGACAAUAUCGAUGUUCAAUACUUACUUCAUUAUAUUAUUUUUAUGUUUUUGAUGACACAGGAUGGAAUAAGCACGUGGGAUCGAAGAAUACAGAUUUCAUUACAAUAAAUUAUCAUGUCUAAUUUGGAGCUAUAUAAAUAAAAUUUAUGCAUUUUCAUGUAAACCACUUGUUCUCUACUAACAGUGUUUCUAAAAGAGAAUUGACCAAUUUCUACUAUCAUGCUAGAACUACAAUAAUUUUAUCUGUGGUGUGUUUGUUACCUUAUCAGGCCAAGGUACAUUGUUUUUAACAUUUUAUUACUCGAAAGCAUUAUCUAAAUAAAAUUAAAGGGCAUUUAUCAUACAUUUUAUAAAUGUUAGUUUUUAUUUUUGAUCUGAAUACCCGCUUUUUAUAUUUACACACAAAGAAAAAACUAAACUAAACAAAAUAGCCCUAGUUUAAGCCUAGCAAGAGGUUUUGGAUGAAACUUUUAAUAAAUUUUUCCAUAAAAUUAAUGUCGUUACAAGAGCUUUCAGAGUAUAACUAAUAGCCAUUAUAUUUGCCCCUUUCAACUAAAAGUGACUUAUGAAUGACAUAAUCGUUAUUGAUUUGUUAAAAAAAGAAAACAGAUCAAUAACGAUUCCAUUUUAUAAC